CCCGCCCCCCGGCUUCAGGCUCUACCCUUAAGGGUAGCGGGGGCGGGGGAGAGCUUUUUCUCGACAACAUGGCGGUUGCUCUGAAUUACUUGCUGGGCGGGGGUGUCCGUGCCGCGGUCGCUCGCUGUGGGUUUGCUACCCGGGGCGUGGCGAUCCCGGGAUCUGUCGGCCGGGAGCCGGACCCCGAUUCCGACUGGGAGCCGGAGGAGCGGGAGCUGCAGAAAGUGGAGAGCGCCCUGAAACGACAGAGAAAAGCUAUCCGGUUCCAGAAAAUUCGGAAGCAAAUGGAGGCGCCAGGUUCCCCGCCCAGGACCCUGACGUGGGAAGCCGUGGAGCAGAUCCGGUAUUUACACAGGGAAUUUGCAGAGUCCUGGUCAGUUCCCAGAUUGGCUGAAGGCUUUGAUGUCAGCACUGAUGUGAUCCGAAGAGUUUUAAAAAGCAAGUUUGUGCCUACAUUAGAGCAGAAACUGAAGCAGGAUCAAAAAGUCCUUAAGAAAAUUGGGCUUGCCUGCCCACUCCAGCAGCUCCCAGGCUCUGGGGAUACCUCAGCACCGCUUUCUGCAAGCCAUUCUGUAACGGGCUCUUUGCUGAUGCCAGGGGAUGAAGCCUCAUCCAAAGGCCAUGGUCACAGCACAGCUUUGAAAGUGACAGAAUUGAACACUCACAGAACAAAUACACCAAGGAGACAGAAGGAAAGGAAUAAAGGAAUCCAGGGCCUGGAGGAGGAGAAGAGCUUUGUGCCUGUUGCUGCAGCCCUAGGUCAUCCGAGAGAGCUGCAGAAGUUCUCCACCAGUGACUGUGGAGGCACUAGAGGAACUGACAGUGAUGGAUUGCCAAGUGACAAGGAGCUGGCAGAGUUGAAGGCAGGGGAGCCAGGUGACCAGAACUUUAGCAACAAAGUUGUGCAGAGGGGACGAGAGUUCUUUGACAGCAAUGGGAACUUCCUGUACAGAAUUUGAGCUGGAGCCUGGUUUGUGGAAAUGCCACAUGAAACACAGCUGGGCAAGUAUAUUUGGUUCUGCCUGGAUUUCUGUGUGUGGAUUAACCACCUUGGAAUGGGGGGUAGUGAUGAGCCCGGAAUGUGGGAUGAAAGAGCUUCUUGGAUUUGAAUCUGACAAAGGGCAGAGAACUUCACAGGGUAGUUCUGUGUGGGAGCGGGGUGAGAGACUGGGUAGAUUCCAGCCUCCUGGAGCACUGCUCCUCCUGUGACCCACGUGGAUCUUCAGGACUCACCCUUCUUGCUUGGGCUCUCUGUAUGUUGAAACCAGCCUGUAUUGCAUGUGUUGUUACAAGUUUCUGUGAUACUUGCAGUAUGUUUGGGAGGAAAUUAAAAGUUUGUCUUCUCACCUCAUUUACUUCUUGAUUAAUGAAUACUAACAGUUCUGGAACUGCUUAGUCAGUUAUCUUCAUUAUGUGCAAAAUAAAGUAAAAUGUAGCAGUC